AUGAGAGACAGAUUAAGGCACCUGCAUCAGGUGCAGACUGAUACUGAGGGUUUCAGCACAGUGGAGCUGGAUUACCUGCCAGAGCAUCAAGAAGAAACAGCUGGAAAUAGUGACCUGGAUGGUGUCCUAAAGGACGCCCAGCUGAUACGUCUGGAAAUCCAGCAGAUCCAAAAUGAUAUCAGUGAACUGAAGGAUGCGAACUAUCAGGCUUUGAAUAGGACUUCCGAUUCCUCUGUGACAAAGCGGGACUCCAAUGCAAUUGGGGCAGAUAUCAAGCGCAGAGGAGAAGCUGCGCUGCGGCAACUGCAUAUGCUGAAUCACCUCAGAGAUGAACUGGAGGCUCAGCGUGGGAGCUUGGACCCUACAGUGCGCAUUGCUCGAACACAGUACCACUGUCUGACCAAUGCUUUGCGGGAGGUGAUGUUCAGCUACAAUGACACAGAGAUGAACCACAGGGAAGCUUGUAAAAGGCAGAUACAGAGACAGAUGGAGAUAGUGGGCAGGGAGGUUAGCAUGGAGGAGCUGGAGGAGAUGAUGGAGGGUGAAGAACUGACUGUGUUCAGCGUCCAGAUACAAGGGAAAUCUGCCCGGUCUGCCCUCAUGCAGAUUGAGAGCCGGCACCGGGAGAUGCAGGAGCUGGAGAAGAGAAUUGAGGGGAUCCAGGAACUAUUCCUAGAUGUGGCCAUCCUCAUGGAGGAGCAGGGCAUAGCAGUGGAAAACAUCCAGAAAAAUGUUCAAAAUACUGAUGUGAUCAUUCAGGAAGGCAAGGUCUAUCUGAAUAAUGCCAUGACAUCUGAUAAAAACAACCCCUUCAAGAAGCUGUUUUGUGGCUGCUUUCCAUGUUAUUACAGUUAAGUCUUAUGAAGGCCUUAAUGAUUCUAACAUAUGGUGGCUGUUAAUGAAUUGCACUGGUUUCCAGGAUAAACCCACAGUUAUGUGCAAGGAAGGUGGAGCCAUUUAUUGAAAGGUUUGAACACCGACAGUGAUGAGGCAAAGCUUUGCUGGUCUUAGUAAAACAAG